CCAAUCGAACGUACAGAUGUGAUGUCGCUAAGGAACUGUGAUCAAAACAAAAGAGAAAUGUCAGCUUUGAAUUUCGAAAACUAGUGACUUCCAGACUUUGUGGGUUAAUUGUUGAUAUCUAAUAGCAUAUCUUGAAUCAUAUGGUAUUGAUAUCGGCGUUAAGUAUUCCACGUAGUCAAAAAUCUACGUUCUUUGUUUACAUUUGUGACUGGAUGUUUGCAAGGAGCCGGUCGAGGAAGGCCAACAAUGGCAGAUGUUUUUCAUAAAUUUCAACUUGAGGUGACUAUGAAAUGGCUUCUCGAUGCAUAAACGCUUUAAAUGAGCUGGAUGUCAUCUCUGACAAGAUCUUUUACAAGUAUUCAAAGAAUCGUUUGAAACAAGAUAUAGCGAACAAAGUUAGAGACUCGAAAUCCCGAGCAGAAAGGAAUGCGUCCCCAGCUGACUUCCGACAGGGAAAAUGUACACCGAGGAAAAGCAACUGUAGCAAUCGAUCGUCGAGUAUUUCAACAGCAGCAACGACGUCGACAAAGAACAGUAGUAGUCUAAAAAGAACAAAGUCCUGUGGARCMAAGUCUAAUACUGAUAUCRAAACUUCAAAAAACCWUCAUCAAGAUCCYAGRAAGUCCAAAUCAUCUUCUUAUAAAAAGCCUGUCCGCACUUCUUCAGAGGCUACAACUUCAGAACAAGUCCACAAUACAGAAGAUAUAAGAAAUUUUACACCAUCKAUAUUUGGAAAGUUCAAUCCUAGUGCCCCAACACACAAAACUGGAAAAUGGUUUAAUUUUAAAGAUGGAGUCGAUCAAGGCGUCAUUGAUUCAUUUGAGUGUGAUAAACUGAAAGAGAAAGCUUUAUGUUAUAAAGUAGACGCUAAGGAAUCAAAGGCAGUUCCUAAGCUGUUACGCCAUCGUCUUGAAGUUCGUAUUGGUAGGAAUGGYRAUGUACGGAAUGAGGAUGCUGGAAUGAAACCUGGAAAUCAAGAAAGUGAUGGUAUUCAAGAUGGGAGUAUAAGGUCUGCACCUUUAUCAUGGGAGGAGCAACUUAACUGGAAAAAUACACAGAUCAUUGAACCAAAAGGAUCCCAAUCUACAAAGACUAAAGAUGAGGGACUUUGUGAAACCCAUCCUGUUAUUUUCCAUCCAGARGCAAAUCAUGAAAGGCUUUCAAAUACAACAAACAUUUCCAAUAAAGCGUCUGCUUCUUACYGUUUGUACAUGGACAAAAAACUAGUCAGUGAUCGAAGAAACCUUACYUGUGGACUCAAAUGUGUAACUUCUGUUCAAAUUGAGGAAGGUUCAAACGACGUUCAUAAAGAUGGCAGCAAUCCAAUCAAAAGAACGAAGUCACAUGAUUCUGACAUGAUGGACAUGACCAACACUAUCAAAAACAUAGAGAAAAUUUACCGAACUUCUUCACAAGAGUCYGAAAGGAAGGUGCCUUAUGUGAAAACUUUAGAGGAUGACCAGGGCACAAAGGAUGGAGUGGAGAUCGUCAACCACYAUGAAGAAAAGGACAGUGGAAUUUUAGAAGAGGAAAAAAACAAAAUAUACAAGAGAGUUAGUUUUAAGGACGACCUUGAAGGAGCAGCAGUUUUAGAUAUAAAUUCCGCUCAYAAGGGAGAUGACUUUAACAUGGAAACAGGAAAUGCUGUUGCAAAUCAAAACACCAAGCGUCCAAGCUCAUCAAGAUCUAGAUCAAAUCUAGAAACAAAGCAGGAAUUUAAAACAAAAAAGUCAAAGAGGCCCUACACGGCACCUCACUGCAGCCCUAGAACACCACAUGACAUCAAUAUCUUUGAACAAAUGGAUAAGUCUUCACAUGUGAAACAUCUCAGGCCAAUCUUGGUACCAACUUCCAAUGAUAACGAAGUUGUGAGUGAGAAUGAAUUAGUUGAACCAAAAAARGAGACCCCUGAACCCAGUGAAAAAAUUCAUGAUAUUCGAGUAACAUUUGGUUGCAAGUCGGCUCCAACUGAACGUACUGUCAAGCACAAACAGGAAUCCAUUCAAAGAUCUCUGUCUACAACRUCAGCAAGGGUUAAAACUGAGAAAUACGAGCGGCCGCAACCAACCGCAGUCCUCGACACUUCAGAUCCAAUGGAGUUACCUCCUAAUGUYCCUCCUGGUCAAGCACUGAUMGAACUAAGAAAGAAAAUUCGUGAAAAUUUGGCAAAGGAAACUGCUGAUUUACAAUUAGAUAUUCAGCAGUUAUACAUAAAACACCAUAGUUACAGAAACUGAGUUUAUUUUAUUAUWAUUUUCUCAGGAUAUAGAAUAAAAUCCUUAUAUUUGAAGUA